GGGCGACCCCCGGCGCCCGCCGGCGAGCUGGUGAAGCCCUCGGUGACAGAGCUGUCCCAAGUGAGGACCAACAUCCUGUGCACCGUUCCCGGCUGCGGCAAAGUUCUGCCCAACAGCCCAGCUCUCAACAUGCACCUCAACAAAGCCCACCCUGUCAAGGAUGGAAAACUUAAUGCACCAAUAAGGAAGGGUUUGAAAGCAUCUCAGAAAUUCUAUUGCUGUCCUAUUGAAGGCUGCCCUAGAGGGCCAAACAGACCAUUUUCCCAAUUUUCUCUUGUCAAACAGCAUUUUAUGAAAAUGCAUGCUGAAAAGAAGCACAAAUGUGAUAAAUGUAGUAACUCCUAUGGUACAGAGUGGUAUUUGAAACGUCACAUAGAGGUCUGUGGCAAGACUUUCCACUGUACUUGUGGGUGCCCUUAUGCCAGCAGAACAGCGCUGUUGUCUCAUAUUUACAGAACUGGCCAUGAAAUUCCUGCAGAACACAGGGAUCCUCCUAGUAAGAAAAGGAAAAUGGAAACCUCUAUACAUAAUCAGCAGUUGGCAGAGAAAGCAAAUGAAGCAUUCAUCAACACACACAAUAAUAAUCCUGGCACUCAGGAACUGGAGUCCUCUGAAGUGAAACUAGCAGCAUCUCCUGAAAGCUUCUGCAGUUCUAACCCCACGAACCAAAUGCAGCCAAAAUGUACGCUGAAGAUGCUCUUACCAAAGCCCAAAGUGGCUUUGGUUAAACUUCCAGUGAUGCAGUUUGCUCACUUGCCUAUAUAUAUAUCUGCAACAGACUCUUCUGUCAAACCUGCUGUAGUGGCUGUUGAUAAUCAAGGUUCACUUAUAAGUACUGUUCAUUUAUUGCCUCAAUCAAUAGGAAUUCUGAUUCCAGCACUGGAGGCAGAAAAACUUGUAUUUAAAGACAGUAUGCCUGUUUCAAAAGUGACAAAUUCUGGUGAUCAUGAACCAGUAAGUACUGGUGUACAAGUUGAGUGGUUACACAAGGAUAUGGUUACAUUGAGUAACACAGGGCAAGAGAUGGGGAAUAUUUGUCACAAGAAUAAAAUUUCUUCAAUAAAUAUACAGACUGACUUAUCUUAUAUUUCACAGAACUUUGUACCAGCUGCAGCCUGGACUCCCAAUUCUUCUGUAUCCUCUUGCUCUCAGACAGAUCUGUCAUUCAGUUCACAGGUUUCACUGCCCAUCAGUGUACAAACACAGACGCUGCUGCCUGCUUCCAAACUGACUUCAUCCAUAGCUGCUCAAACUGAAGCUUUUAGUCAGGCUUGUUUUCCAAUAUGUGGCAUUUCUAGAGAGACUCAAACCAGUAGGACACAGGACUUUAUUGAUGGAAGGGUGCAGAUGGACCAGGCUGUGAUGUGCAGUGACAUCUUUGACAAUGUUCAUUCAUCAUAUAAUGUUUCUACUCACAUUGAACUUCCAGAAAGCGACUUAAUGCCUGCAAAUAUAGCUCAAACUUUACUGCAAAGAAGUAAUUGCAAGAGCCUGAAUCAAGGUACAGUGAAGUCUGAAUCCCUUAUCAGCUUCAGUACACAGCCUAAUAUACUUCCACCUCAAAAUACGAUGGAUAAUCAAACCCAGACAGUGGACUUGCUAAGUGAUCUGGAAAACAUCUUUUCAGGAAAUAUGCCUGACCAGACACUGGAUAAUCGGGGCCUUUUGUCUGAGACAAGUUCUAAUGUUGACAUGCAUCUGCCAUCUGGUCCAUCACAGAGCACAGGAAUAGACUUUGACAUUGAAGAGUUCUUUUCAGCAUCCAAUAUUCAAACUCAGACUGAAGAGAGUGAGCUUGGUACCCUGAACCCUGAGCCAGUUUUGGAGUCACUGGACAUUGAAACUCAGACUGAUUUCUUAUUUUCAGAUAGUGCAACUCAAUCGUAUAGCUGCCGAGGAAAUUCUAACUUCUUAGGUUUGGAGAUGUUUGAUACACAGACACAGACAGACUUGAAUUUCUUCUUGGACAGUAAUACCCAUCUGCCUUUAGGAAGUAUUCUGAAGCAGUCUAGUUUCUCCAUGAGUUCUGAUUCAUCUGAUACAAAAACCCAGACAGAAGUAUACCCAGCUACUAAAAAUAUACCUACUAAGAAUACUGAAAGAAAAGUCCAACUCAGUAGUGCUGAAACACAGACUAUGGAUAGCUGCUUUGAGAAUCUAGGGAUUUUAUUCCUUACCAGCAAUGAGACACAGACAGCAAUGGAUGACUUUCUUCUGGCUGACUUAGCCUGGAACACAAUGGAGUCUCAGUUCAGUUCAGUAGAAACACAGACCUGUGAAGAGCUGUGCUCCUUGUUUCAGAGCUCUGACAAGCCCAGCCAUUGAGUACUACGUAAUAUAACUGUUUCCUGUAGUUUGAAAUUAAGUUAUUGGGGUGGGAGAGAUGGUUUGACCAAGUCAUCCACUUUGCGUUAUUGAGUGUAGUUAUCAUGGAGCAGUUGACCUAAGAGACUUCUCAUGCUGAAGGUACUCUAUGAGAUAUGUAUAACUUUAAAUAAACUGGUUUUAUGAAUGGAGGGGAAGGGGAGGAUGUAACAUGCUAAUGUACAUUUGAACCUUAAAAAGGAAUUCAUGGUGCCUAUGUUUUUUCCUGGAACUUCUUUACAAAGGUGAUACUGCUUUCAUUU